UCUGUCUAGCUCGCUCGCUUUCAGCCGCCCAAGUAAGUAAGUAAGCUUUCCGAUUGAAACCCUUUUUUUUGUCAGUAAUUCGUUUGGCUGCAUUGCAUUCAGAAAUGAACCACACCACCCGUAUCCAUAUCCAAGGAUUGAUGGCCACCGGAUCCAAGAAUGUGGUCCGGAGAACGUUUGCAGCAGCAGCAGCUGGUAAAGCCAAGAAAGGAGGAGGAGGAGGAGGCGGCGAUGGUCCGAAAGGAUCGUCUCUGAGAAAAGAGAUCAAAUCCACAACCGUUGUCGGUGCCAACACUCUGAAAGAUGGAUCUGAUCCCAAGAUCUCUACGGACUCCUCUGAUUACCCUGAUUGGCUCUGCCGUCUUCUCCAUAACCGACCAGCGCUUAGUGAGCUCAGUAGGAAGAACGUCGAGAACGAUGAUCUCAAACGUUUUGUCAAGCUCAACACCCGAGUCCAAAUCAAGGAGAACAACUCAUCAAGGCCAAGAACUGAUUUGCUUCCGUACAUGUUGCUUCUUAGUUACUGCUGUGUUUGAUGCUCUUCUAACUCUUUAUCUUUAAUUUUGCAUCACUACUAUUCUCAUAGUUAUUUUGAAUGCCAACUCUCUCUCUUUCUUUUUUUUGUGUUCAAAAGAUAACUUAAAACCUAAAGUCUGCUUAAUUGUCUCC